AUGCUGGAUCACAUCGGCCUCACCGUCCCAGCGUCGCGAUUCGAGGAAGUCACGGCCUGGUACCUGGCCGCGCUUGCACCGCUCGGUUACAGCAAACAGAUGGAUUUUGGUGGACAGGGUGUUGGCCUAGGCCCAGACAGGUUGAACACCGUUUUCUGGAUUUUCGGCAAGGGCGAUGCUGAAGCAGCUGCGACACACUUCGCAUUUCGAUGCACUGAUCGAGAUGCAAUUGAGAAGUUCCAUCAAGAGGGGGUGAAAGCCGGUGGGAAAGACAAUGGGAAGCCGGGCUUGAGACCGUAUCAUCCAAACUACUACGCUGCCUUUGUAGUGGAUCCUGUUGGAAACAAUGUCGAAGUCGUGAGUCACGAUGUGCCGCAAUAA